AUGCCAGGAGGGACGCCUUCCUCGACUGCUGCUGCUGAAGUGGCUGUUCUACGUGGUAAGAUCCAUAGCAUGGAGCAAGAGAUGCAGUCCUUGAGGACCCAGAGGGACAGCGUGAGGACAAUACAGGUUGAGAACGAGCGUUUGAAAAAUCAGAUUGCUAGCCUUAUAGAGACUGCCUCUAAGGAGAGAGCUCAAGCCCUGGAGCUUCAAAGGGCAGCUCUUGCAACUGGUGAUGAGCUCAGAAUCGAUGCUUUGUGGUGGAGUUGGCCUCCUAGCAGGGCCAGCGGUCCCUCCGGCGUCCUUCGCCACAUCGAGCCAGCCGUCCAUACCUGCUGGUCGUUCGCCUCGGGCGCAGUACUCUCAAGUGCCGUUGAGUCGGCCUUACUCCGUCGACAAUAG